GUAUUUUAUUUCACGUUAGAAAAAUGUGGAAACAUCUCAUUCAAACACAGGCGGUGUUUACUUAUUUUAGCGUUGCCAGGUUUGAUGAGUUUCCGUAAAACACAAGAGACUUCACAGUUUUCCAAAGAUGUUGACGAUGUCGUUGAUUUUAUAGAACAAAGAACGAUUCAACGUCAGCAGUAGAACAAGUGGAUCCUCGUGUUCUUUCAGAAUCACUGUCGGAGUGUAAACGGUUAACUGCGUCGCUUCUGUUCGGGUUAGUGCUCACGUGGACGGAAAGUGUCGAACGUGGCAACUGACACUUCCUCCCCCCCCAGGUUGGAUUUAAAGCGGGAAAUGGACGUUGAGCGACAAACAAACUUUCCUGCAGCUGAUUAAACAAGUGAAGAACAGCUGGUUAGCGCUUCUCGCUGCUAACACACAUGCUGACACGGCUCCGGGGACGUUCAUUCACUUUACUCGGCGAACUAACGCAACGCAAGGAGAGCAGGAAGCCGAGAACGAAGCUUGGAAGCAGCGCGGACCUCCUAACUGAGCGCGGCCCCCGGCAUGUUGACUCAACACACAGGGAGAACAACGACUUUUUAUUCCCGAUGAAAGACAGUGAAAUGAAGCCCAAACGCAUCCAGAGGCACAGAGGAGCCAACCCGAGGGGAAAGGCCGUCGACACUGGUGACACAACAACUCUGAAUCAAGCCAAGCCUUCGUCACAUGUGUCAUCUUCUGCUCAAAACAAACCUUUUGCUGGGAAAGUGUUUUACCUGGACCUGCCGUCAAACAGAACAGCAGAGACACUGGAGAGGGACAUUAAACAGCUGGGAGGGGUUGUUGAGAAGUUCUUCAGUAAGGAAAUUAAAUAUCUGGUAUCCAACAAGCGGGAGGCCCGAUAUGUGCAGUGCUUCAGGCAGGUCUCUCCUGUACCCAGCCCAGACUCCGGACAGAGUUCACCUCACCCUCGCUCAAACCCGCACCGGCCUGGCAGUCAUGGGGACAACAUGAAAAGCAGGUCUCAGGCUCAAACAGAGACAUUGGUCUCAAGUCGAGGUAAAUCUUUGCUGGAGAGAGUGGUGAAAGAUCAGGAGAGGGUACAGAUGAACAAGAUCCUGUCAAAUGCUCUGGAUUGGGGUGUGAAAAUCCUCUACAUAGAUGAUGUUAUAGCGUAUGUAAAGAAGAGAAAAAAGAUAAUCAGUAGCCAGUGUCCUGCGACUUCUGCUGCCAAAACAAAUGUUAAAGCUGGGUCAGGAUCAAAGCAAGGGUUUCAGAAAUGCAGAGGUGGACGAAUCAGUAAACCUUUUGUCAAGGUUGAGGAUUCAAGCAGACACUACCGUCCAAUCUACCUCACAAUGUCCAACAUGCCUGAAUUCAACCUGAAGACUGCCCCUCCUUGUAGUCCCUUCAGUGUUGAGGACAAGAAUUCAACUGGGAACAAACAGGAAGGACAAAGAGGUGCGAAAGCCUCAGCCAGUGAGGAGAGAGCUCACGCCCGAAAGAAGAACAGAGACAAGAAACGAGGCGGCUACUGCGAGUGCUGUCUGAUCAAAUACGAAAACAUCACAAUGCAUCUACAGAGUGAACGUCACAAGGCUUUCUCCAAAAGUGAUCAAUACUCGGUUGUGGACAGACAGGUUUCAACACUGCCCUGCAACUUCAUCCACGUCAAAACUAAAGUUAAAAGAACAAAAUGCAGCGUUUCUUCUUUUCUGGUUGCUCCUGGACCAUGUGGGAAAACUGAGCGAAGGCACAGGGGAGAUCUUGUUACCGCAGAGACUGUUAAAGAAGAGCAGCAACAGACUGUCGAAGUGGAAUCUUAUUCAGGACACGCUCUAAAAAUCAGAUCAGUUCCUGGUUCUGCUCGUCUGAUUCACAGGGAGUGGAACAGGAGGAACUGUCACACUUACUCAGAGAGAUCCAAGGCCAAGUCUCUCGCACUUAAACGUCUGUGCAGGCAGAAUUCUUUGACUUCUUGCUCACAAAAAGCUGAGCAAACUCACAUUGCUCAGCCCAAGAGGAAUACGGUCUCCUCUACAGGCGAACGCCUUGAAGCUUCUCCCUCCGGAGUUCCUCAGGUCGACUCAGUGGACCUAAUAUCUCACAUAGACAAGAACAGCUUGUCCUCAUGCUCCAAUAACAUUGAUGUACAGAAUUAUUCCUCUAAAAGCCUCGAUGUUGUGACAAAUCAACAAGAGCAGUCUGAAACAAACACGGAUGUGUUACAGUUUGAAGCUGUGCAGGAUGGAAGCAUAUUUCCUGACAAAAUGACUGGAAACUACUUAGCAGAAAACACAGAGGGACAGCUUCCUCCUCAAAGCUUCUCUCCAGCCUGGAAAAUAAAGAGAAAAGUCAGAUUUUUUAAACGCAAAAGACGAAAAAUUGACACACAUGUUGAACACGUAAAGCCAAGUGAUGCUCCUGACAAUUACAUGCUGAAGCUGGUGGAGCUUUUCCAGUCAAGUGAUGACAUGGACAUGGAGUUUCGUGGAUUUGAGGUCUAAAAGAAAAUGAGCUGAAGGAAUUAACUGAACUAUUAUUGUCUUUUCCAAUCACACCACUGUCGUAGACUAGAAAUCAAACAGAUCUUUCUUGUUUUCAGCAACAGAGGUUUAAUCAUAUGGGACAAAUAGAAUGAUCUACUGUUUUACUUUGUUUCAGGGACAAAAAAUAUGUUUCCUCAUUACUUUGUUCAACGGCACCUGCUGAUGUGCUAUAACAUUGUGUUUAUAGUAUAAGAAAUGUGACUUAAAUGAGGUCAAAUUUGUAUCCCCACUUCAAGUGGAAAUUAAAGAUAUGUAUGCAGAGAUAAUAUUCCCAAGACAAGAACAUUUGGCUUAAUAUUGAAAAGCAACCUUUUGGCUAAUAACAUUAUUGUUUUGCUCUGCUCUGUUUUGCAUAGUUGACUGAAAUAUAAAUUAUUUGCCCACUUGGUAUAUGUUGCCAAAAUAAUGGAAUUUAUAUCAGAUAUUGGUGAAAAUACAUAGAACAGAAGAGACAGCAAUUUAAAUGGGGGGAGAAAAUCUUCCAGACAUCAUGAAGUGGAUUAAAAUGCCACCACUUCUUUAACUCAUUGCUCUGCAGCAUGAAACACCCAAACUAUAAAGUCCCAUCACAAAGUAUUAAUGGGACGUU